AUGUUGUCUCUACGCCAAACCAUGAGAUUUAUGACCCCUGCUACCAGAGCCUUCUCUUCGCAGAGGGUUGUAAUGCAAAAGCAAGUCACCAAGAUGGCCACCAAGCUGUCAGAGGUUGACGGCAACGCGACUUUGGUUGGUCCUGGUGCCUCCGAGGGCGUCGUUCCCACCGAAUACGAUCAAGCCACCGGUUUGGCUAGAUUGGAACUGUUGGGUAAGUUGGAGGGUGUCGAGAUCUUCGACACUAAGCCUCUGGACGCGUCCAGAAUCGGAACCAUGGAAAACCCAAUUGUUGUCGACAGUUACGACGACUACCGUUACGUCGGUUGCACGGGUUCUCCAGCCGGUUCGCACACUAUCAUGUGGUUGAAGCCCACCGUCAACCAAGUCAGCAGAUGCUGGGAAUGUGGUUCGGUGUACAAGUUGAACGCAGUCGGUGUCAAGACCGAUGACGACCACCACCACUAA